AUGGCUCCUUCAAAUACUGUGGUUGGUUCUGAUAGGUCAAGUACAACCAAGAUUAACAGGAUAAAGAAAGUCACUGUGCCUGUUUCAGUCUCAUCAAGUUCACGGCUUACUGAGUUUCAUGAGGGACCCUUAAGUGCUGAUGGUUCUUCACUUGGUGUGGAUGAUGUCUUAAGUUCUGACAAGGGUCCAAUGCUGUCGGAAGAGAAACAUAGUUCCUUUAGAUAUAAAGACCCCGUACUGUUUUCAGAUCAAAGAUUCGAAGAAGAAAGGGUGGGCAGUGUAGUUGAACUGGAUGUUUCUUUCAAAUCCAAUGCCCUAGUGGCCAAGGCAGUUAUGGCUCCUUCAAAUACUGUGGUUGGUUCUGAUGGGUCAAGUACAACCAAGAUUAAAAGGAUAAAGAAAGUACCUGUGCCUGUUUCAGUUUCAUCAAGUUCACGUCUUACUGAGUUUCAUGAGGGACCCUUAAGUGCAGAUGGUUCCUCAUUUGGUGUGGAUGAUGCUUUAAGUUCGGAUAAGGGUCCAAUGUUGUCGGAAGAGAAACAUACAGUUUCUGGUACUGGAGUAAUGGAUAAUAUUGGUUCACAGCCUGGUCCAAUUGAGGUCAAUGCAUCAAUUGGGAAAAGGGCAAAGGAAGGAUCUCCUGAGGCUAUGGCUUCAACCAAACCUAGCAUUGAUGUUAAUGUUAGUCAUUAUGGGAUGUGCACAAGAAAAAUUAUGAAGAAAAGGAAAAUCAUGGCCACAAGUUCAAGUUUUUCCAUUUCACAGGCAUCCGAAAUCAGCAAAGAACCCAGAAAUGUUGAUCAAUACACCAGUGGUGCGGCUGCUAUCUUGAGUUCUGACAGUGGUAGAAUGGUGUCAGAAGAGAAAACAAGCAUGUCUGCUGUUCAAGGAAUCAAGAAUGUUGGUUUGCAGCCUUGUCCAAAUACAACCACUGUAUUGCUUGCAAAGGGUUCAGUCCGAGGAUCUGCUGUUGCUAUGGUCUCACAAAAGGUUGUUCCUGACAUUGAAGUUGCACCUAAUGCUAAGAAGAUUAAGAAAGACGUUGGCCUUUUCUCUGGUUUGUCUAGUUCACGGUUAUCUGAAAUCCACGAGGGACCAGUGAACACAAAUAGCUCUGUGCAUGUUGCCGAUGUUAACUCAGAUGCCACUAAGAAUGAAUUUAAUUUGGAUAAGAGAAGUACAGUUUCUGAUGUUAUGCUUGCAGAUGAUGUUGAUUCAGAUUGUAGUACAGAUGGGCCCACUACAUUGCUUGAGAGUAGUCUGGUUGAAGGUUCUCCUGAGGCAAUGGUUGAAAUGACAGGUGAUGGCAAUUUUGGUUCAGAUGGGACAUGUACAAAUAAGAGUAUUGAGAAGACAAAAGUCACUUCACCAUCUCCAGCAUGUUUAAGCUCACAAUUAUCUGAAAGCCCUGAGAAACCUGUUGGUGGAGAUAGCCCCAUGCAUUGUGAGGAUGCUGUCUCAAGUUCUGACAAGGUCCUGAUGGAUUCAGCAGAGAAAGUUACAGUUUUUAAAACCAGGACGGCGGGUUCUAUUGGCAAGCAGCUUUGUCCAUGUGUAGUCAGUGUGUCACUUGAAAAUAGUAUUGUGAAAGGAUCUCCAAAGGCUACAAAUACAGUAAGUGAUGUUCUGACUAUUGAAUCUAAUGUGACAUCUACUUGCAAAAUUAAGAGGAACAGAAAAGUUCAGGUACUGGAAAUUCAUGAGAGGCUUAUUAGUGGGAAUAGCUCCACCAAUAGUGAACAUCCCACAUCUAAUUCGGACAAUGUACCAUCACAGUCAGAAGAAAAAUCUAUAGUUUCUGAUAUUGGGAAGAUGAGUAAUGUUGCUUCACUUCCUUAUUCAAAUGAUUUUGCUGUUACCGAUGAAAUCAUCACACUAAAAGGAUCUCCAAAAGGUUUGGAUUCAACAAAAAGUGUUCUAAAUGGAUCUGAUAUUUAUGUGGGUCCCUUAAAUACUGAUAGCUCCAUCCAUGAUUUGAAUGCCACCACCAGUUCUGAAAAAGUUCUGUCGUGCUCCAAACAGAAAGUGGCAGUUUCUUGUAUUGGAUAUGGGGAUAAAUUUGCCUUGCAGCCCUGUCCAAAUAAGGUUUCUGUUCUGCUUGAGCCUAUUUCAGUUAAGGGAUCUCCAAAGGGAAUAGAUUCUGUUAUAGGAGGCUCUAGUGAGGGCAUCACAAGACAUGAUCACCCUAAGCCUAUUGCUUGUUGUAGUUCUUUUGUUGAGCAUCCAGAUGGUGCUAUUCCUGGUGUAGCCAUGGGCAGUUAUCACGGAUGUCCUCUUCAAUAUGAUAUCUUAGGCAAGGAAUGUGGAAGUGGAAGAGGAAGAGAAGAACAAACAGCAGAAGUAGAUUAUAUCCUUGGAAGAGAGAACUCCAAAGAUACUUCUGUAUUGCAUCCACAGGCACAAGGGCAACUGGAUGGAGUGCCUUUGGAUAUCCAUACUUCUCGCUUAGAUGAGAGUCCUCCUGGUAUGGCCAUGGAAGGCAAUGCGUCUGCAUCUGUGUAUUUGUCUCUGGGCAUCAAAAUUAUUUCUGACUCCAAUGGGGAGCCAAUGGGAUCUGUGCCUGAUAGAAGUUCGAAGAUGGAGUCUCCAGAAUCUUUGUCUACAGUUCCAGAGUUACACAUUCUGAAUACUGAACAGUCACUGCCAAACAUAUCCAAUAAAAAGAUUGUUAGGGACAAAAUCAAUAAAAGAUAUAAGAAUACCAGUGUGAAAAAUGCAUCUGCUUUAACUGCCAGUAAUUCCUGCACAUUCAAACCUGAUGUCAAUAUGAAACCAGAUAAAAAAAUGCAGAGUGAUGGAUUCCGAGCAGAGAAAAAAUGUUCACUUAAAGAUACAACCCCUUCAGCUCACAUUACAAAUUCACGGACGUGGCGGCGAACAGAUGAUCCUUCUGCACCAUUGGCUGGAAAAAGGUCAUGGUCAAGCACCAGCUCUUCACUAAUGCAGUCUCCUAAGAAGUUUGGAAAGGUCCAGAGCACUUCUUAUAGCUUUAGAGGUAACAGCCUUGUAAGGAAAGGUGCUCCCAAUUCUGGUUUGCCCCAAAACUCUCCUAGUUUGAGUACAACUGUUUAUUGGUUGAGUACUGUGGGUAAAGAUGAAACCAAUAACACUACUGCCUUAGAAUGUAAGGGUAACAACAGUUACUCUCUGAGUUGUUCAAGAGCUGGGGGAGCAAAUCCUUUUGAGAGUCCAAAAACACUGGCAUUGCCACACAGCAGCAAGUUACAAAACUCCACAACAAAAUCAUCACAGGAUUAUAUCACUCACACAUCGAACGAUCCUCUUUCAAAGGGUGGUUUAGAAACAUCUCCAGAUCCUACCAAUGUUACUGAAAAGGAGGAUGCAUCCAAGCAUCCGAAAACUUCUAAAAAGCAAGCCAGUCUAAGCAACAACUUGGGAAUUCAAGGUAUUUUAAGUGAUAGUAGUUCACAGUCCUCCAAGAUGAAGGGAGUAGUGUAUGUAAAGCACAAGUCAAAUCAAUUGGUUGCUGCUUCUAAUCCUGGAAUUUUUUAUCCAUCCAUCAAUGUUCCUGACAAGACACAGGCAUUAUCUUCUUCCGUAUCUUCUGAUUGCAACUAUAAAAGAAGUAAGAAUCAACUUAUUCAAAUUGUUCAAAUUCCAGGAAAUCAGGUCCGGCAAUUUGUUGCCAUCCCCGAUGACAGUUCAAAUUCAGAGGAGCAAAGGGUUUCUACAGUUCCAUCCCUAAAAUGCAGCAGAAGUGUAAGUAAGAGAAGGCCUCAUAAAGUGUUCCCAAAGAUGCUUCAGAUUUGUGCUUGGCAUGGUUAA